AUGACACUUGGUUUAUUAGCUUUAUUAUCAACACUAUUUUGGGGUUUAGAGAGCCAACCUUCUCCUCCUCCUCCUCUUCCUCUUCCUCUUCCUCUUCCUCCUCCACCUUCGUCGUCGUCGAUGAUUUUCGAUGCUAUAGUUGCUCUAGAUGGAAGUGGAAGUUUCGUGUCCAUAUCAGAAGCAUUGCAAGCUGCUCCAAAUAACAGUGAUAGGAGAUACACCAUACAGAUUAAAGAAGGGAUAUAUAAUGAAUAUGUUUUUGUUCAUAAAAAUAAGACAAAUAUAAACUUUAUUGGUGAAGGAAUGGACCGUACCAUUAUUAGUGGAUGUAAAAGCAAUGGCACAGGAUUCAAAACAAAUGAGACUGCUACUGUAGAUAUACAUGGCCAUGGAUUCGUAGCACAAGACAUUACAAUUCAAAAUACUGCUGGAGCAUCGAUGCAUCAAGCGGUCGCGAUGAGUAUUUCAGCUGAUAACGUUGCGUUUUAUCGAUGCAAGUUCGAUGGUUAUCAAGAUACACUUUACGUAAAAAAAGGUGUACAAUUUUUCAGAGAUUGUGAAGUGUAUGGUACGGUGGACUUUAUAUUUGGUAAUGCAAAAGUCAUUCUUCAAAAUUGUAGUAUAUAUGUUAGAAAACCUGAAGAUAAUCAAAAUGAAGUGACAAUAAUUGCCCAAGGAAGAAAACGUAAACAUGAAGAUACUGCUAUUGUCCUUCAAGGUUGCACGAUAAAUGUGACACAAGAGGUGCGCGAGCAAGAACCUAAGGUACGGGUGUUCCUGGGAAGGCCUUGGAAGAAUCACUCGCGAGCGAUCGUGAUUUCGAGUUACCUAGAUGAUUACAUUGAUCCAGAAGGUUGGGUUGAAUGGAAUGGGAAUACAGAAGAUAUAUAUUUUGGUGAGUAUAAUAACAGAGGACCAGGAGCUAAUAUGGAUAGAAGAGUGAAAUGGGAAAAAAUACUUUCAGAGUAUGAUGUUACUAAUUUUACUGUUCGAAAUUUUCUACAUGGAAAUGAAUGGAUCCCCUAUGAAAUCCCAAUAGCACUUGAUCUACUUUAAAAUAUAUUGUACUAUUAUUAGAGUAUAUAUGAUAUUUAUAUACUCUCUUUUUUUUCCACUUAGAAAAUAAAUGUAUUAGAC